UCCUCCCAGUCACAGAUCUCCGCCCCAGUCAUCUUGGACUACAGCUCGGAGCCCGGAUGCGCCGCCAUGCCGCCUCUAUCAGCGAAUGGAAUAAUUUAUUCACCAACCUGCCUGACACUGUGCGACUAGGAGUUCACUGAAGAAGUCGACAACACAGUUUGGGGGGCAGAGGAGCCUUCACCGCGGACACACCAUCGCGCCAUACCCGCGUUGCGUUCACUUGCCUGCUCGCGCCGCCUGCCACCGUUGUAUUGAUGUAGGGACACUUGAGUGCUAGCUACGUAGCUAACAUUAGCUCGAGUCGAGAGAGUGCGCGGUAGUGACAGUCCGGCCGGAGGCGGGGAGAACUGAGAGAUCCAGGAACAUUUCCAUGCCUGCAUCAGCCCUGCCAACCAAAAGAGAUGUCUGUUGACGAGGAUACAGUGAAAACUGGAGGUCCACAGCCCAGCCCAGCAUCAUCUCUGCAGCUCUCAGAAUGCACUGGAGGUUACAGCAAUAUAUCCGUGAUGGUGGAGGGUGCAGCAGCCACCCCUGAUUUUGCAGCCGCUUGUCCUGUCUCAGGCACCACCGCAGCCUCACCAAAACACACCAGCACGACUGACGGGCUCACCCACUCAGACGAUGCUGGACAGGGAGCCAGAGGGAACGAGAAUAACAUCAACCGCAGGAACAGCUUUCAUCAUUCCAAACAGCCGCAGCAAACAAAACUAACAAAGCGCCGCAACACAGCAAACUUUGGGUUCAAGCAUCCAACGUCUGGCAAGAGGAGACGAAGGGCCAACUCUGAGAGUGACUCCGUCCUACCAACCAACUUCCUCCUGGGUGGGAACAUUUUUGACCCACUGAAUCUCAACAGCCUGCUGGAUGAGGAUGUCAACAAGGCGCUCAAUGCAGAGACGCCCAAAUCCUCCCCGCUGCCAGCGAAGAGUCGAGACCCUGUAGAGAUCCUCAUUCCACGAGACAUCACAGAUCCGCUGAACCUUAACAGCGGGAUAGCAGACAGUAGCUUUUUGGUGUCCCCCUUUAAAAGUGGUGGCAGAAGGAGACACCGCAACAGACACCAUGGAGGAGGAGGAGGAGGAGGAGGAGGUGGAGGUGGUGGUGGUGGGAUUUCAACCUCACAGUUGAACCUCUCAGAAUCAGGAAAAGGUGAGGUUAAAACUGGCACCUCUGCACCACUUCCAGGUAUGUUAGCCUCAUGUUCUGCACUAGACGUCUCCAAAGAGUCCAACAGUUUCUCCAGUGUCACAGGGGAUUCCCACGAGCACUCAGCCGACACCUCAGCCAGCUUCAAGGAGGAGAUGACGUCUGCAUCAAUGGAGGAGUCCACAUCCUCCAUAUCGGGGGCACCAAACCAGCACACAAGCAGACGAAAGCGUAGGCGCAACUCUGGCAAAAUUGAGCCCCCUGUGACCCAUUCUACGCCAGUUGGAAAGUCAGGAUCUGGAGACAGAAGUUGGGGUUCAGGGGGAUCGAGAAAUUCCCAGUCCUUCCACACACCAAGGAGUGGUCCCAGAACAGGGCCAGGAGGUCGCCAGCACCAGCAGUCCUACAACCAGGCGAAGGAGCAUCAGAGGAAGAAGUUCCAGUAUGGGAACUACAACAAGUAUUAUGGCUACCGCAACCCAGGUGCUAGUGAAGACGCACGGAUACGUGUGCUUCGGCCAGAGUGGUUUGAAGGUAAAGAUGUUCUGGAUCUGGGGUGUAACUCAGGCCACCUAACGCUCUAUAUUGCCAAAAUGCUCAAACCUGCUCGCAUAUUGGGCCUGGAUAUUGACAAUGCUCUGGUACAUGCAGCCCGGAAAAACAUCAGACAUUAUCUGUCUGAACUGCAGACCCAAGAGGCCAGGCAUGCGAUGCAGGAGAAAAAGAGCACCAAGCAGGAGGAGAGGAAUGGAAAUGGGAGUCUCACAGGCACAGACAAGAAGCACAAUGAAGCCGCGAGCAGGGAUGAAAACGGGACACCAGUGAAAGGAGAAAGUGGCCCUGCAGAGGCUGUAAAUGACAAUGACUCCUGUCACACAGAUGAGGCAGGGACCCGGAGGCAGGAUGGCAAAACAGAGAAAAUGGAGCAGGAGGAUUGUGAUUCGCCCCCCACAGAUCUCUCUGUGAGCUGCUCUUUUCCUGUGUCACUACGCAUCUCCAGGGGGCCCAUUGCUGCACCUCCACUAACAGAAACCCCCGCCACACGGCCCGGAGAGUUCCCCUCAAAUGUGUCCUUCAUCAAGGCCAAUUAUGUCCUGGAGAACGAUAAUCUUCUUUUGACUCAGCGGCCAGAGUACGACGUGAUCAUGUGCCUGAGCGUUACCAAAUGGGUGCACCUGAACUGGGGAGACUGUGGCCUCAAGCGGCUCUUCAAGAGAGUUUACAGACAUCUCCGUCCUGGAGGCAUUUUCAUCCUGGAGCCGCAGCCCUGGGAGUCCUAUGUGAGGAGGAAGAAGCUGACGGAUAAUAUUAGCAGGAAUUUUUACAACAUCCGCCUCAAACCUGACCAGUUUUCGUCGUACCUUACAACAGAGGUGGGCUUCACCAGUUCUGAGUACCUUGGGGCCCCCAAGUGUUCAAUAAGAGGUUUUCAGAGGCCAAUCUACUUAUUUCACAAAUGACCGCUCCUGCCUUGAAGAUCAUUGAAUGUGAGUAGCCUAAGCCACCACCAUACACACAAGCCAGCCAGCUGCCCUGGACUGCAAGGAACUAUCUCAGUCCUUCACAGUUAACUCCAGCUUUUCAGAUGCUGAAGAUGAAAUUCAGAAAAGGAGAACGGGACCAAAAGUGGAAUUAAUUUUGUAGAGAUCUGAUGAGGAAGAGGCGCUUAUCAGAAGCCUCCGUGUCGGCAAAUUCUUAAAGAGUAUGGAGUGAACUCAGAUCAAACUCCACAAUGUAUAACCUGGAGCCAAACGUCACAGCUUGGCCAGACGGUGGAAGAGGUGAUCGUUUUCUUGGACUAUCCCCAGUGCUAAUGAUGCUCCAGUUUGAUGCACGGCCGUAAUGUGUUUGAAAAUCUUUGGCCAUAUAUCUUUACUUUCAUGACUUUGUUCUGUGCCACCACAUCACUACACAUGAUACUUAUGAGGGUUGGAUGAUAGGGGAGGCUUUUCCAAUUGGCAGCCGUCACCACUUUAACUACAUUGUGUGUUGCACUUGCAAAAACUGCAGUGUACUACUGGAUUAUGAAGCCAUUAAACAGGUCGUACUGACAUGAUGUCUCCUGAAAAGCCACAGCGGAGUGCAGGUAAUGUGUUUUAUGCUGUGCAGGCUAUUGAAGCCUCACAUUGCCAGCUCCGUUGUAGCUACCGAUGACAUCGAAAUUGUGCUCUUAGUGGUUAAAUAUGUGCAUCAUGGUCGAAGCCUUGAAUCCCGUUGUGGCAGACAUAUAACUGCACAUUCUUUGGUGACUUAAACGCAGCCAAACGAAUUCCAUCAGCUAUAGAUUCAGUCCAUAGCUGAUGUAUUCGUCCUAUCUCCAAACCCUAAUAUACAGUUUGUUUUGUCAUUAUUUUGCAAAAUAGGCCUUAGAGCUGAACGUGCUUUAAUCUGGUACAGAACUGUGACAAUGUGAGUCCAUAUUUUGGAAUGGGCGAUAUGGAAAGCUAAAUUGCACAAAGUUAAGAUGCUAUGAAGUGAAUAUGAAGUGAAAAGGGGCGUGUCGAAGAGAUGAAGACGAUGCAAGGGUUAGAAAGGUGCACUUGAAACAGCCAAAACCACAACUACCAAAUGAAAUAAUGCACGUUUACCCACGGCACAGCUAAGAUCCUUUCAAGAUGUGUUGUCUCUUUUUUUUUAGUAACAGCUGGUUCCUUAAAAACUGUUGAGAUGAAUGAAGAUGAAGUCAUCACAUAUUAGAUUCUGUCAUUAACACAUGGAGACAGUAUUUAGUUUUAGUAGGCAUACUACUACCGGGACAAACUAGUGUGGUACUUCAAACCCAAUUUCAGAGCCCAUUGGCUUUCGGUCUGACGACAAUUAAACCCCUGGUGGCAAUGGCCAAUAUUACUUCUCACAUGACGCCCGCUCAAACCUUAUCGUUAAAUACUAAUCAAACUACAAUCAGGAACCAGAAUGCUUCCACUACCAAAAACUUGUCCUGCUGCACACAGAUUCUGAGUACAUAUUCAGAUAUAUGUUUAUAGACACUACCUUCAACCUGACAUCAGCUAAGUGCAAGUUAAAAAAAUCAGAUUGUUUUCAAGAAAAGAAUUUUGGCUGUUUUGAAUGCAAACUUUCUACAAACCUUCAGACCUGUGUAAUUUACUUUAUUUGGACAGUCUUUCAGGAAGCGACAAAUCACUUCAUGGGUCCUUUAAAGCCUUUUUGAUGCUCCAUCCCAAUGGUAGGGGGCACAUUUGAGCUGCGCAGACACCCAGGUGUUGGCUCAGCUCAAGAUAAUUCAGCACACAAACCAUGAGGACUAUUUUGCAAGGUAGAUCUGUAGCAUGCAGUGAUCUAUCUUUUUUUUUUUAAAUGACAGUUAAGCCAUAGCCCUACCUUAUAUGUUGUUUACAAUGUCUACAAUGACUGAGAGUAUAAUGGAGGGUGUGAUUUAAGGCAGAGGCCUGCUAUCAGAGAGUUGCUACAGUGUCUUCAGUGCUGUAUAAAUCCGACACAUGCAUUGUUUUGUGUGGUCCGAUCGUCACUGCUGGACAGGCAUUAAUUCAAACAGCAUCAGAGUUACAUUCAAGCUCCUGAAUUGGACUCGACUUCUGUAAAGCUGAAUUAAAAUUUACAUUUGUAGAAAAUAAAUUGCUACAAAAUGGACUAAAAUAUAUUCAUGAAUUUUUACCAAAUUUAAAUAUGAAAAUGCUGUUUGUAUUGAAGCACUGCCAAAAUAUUUUAUGGGUCUUUUGCUCUUGAAUUUGACAAAAUAUGCCAUCAUCACUAUCUUUGUCUUUGGCCUAACAAGGACAGCAAGUUACAGGCAGUCGUUGUGAUUGUAUCUUUACUGGUGUGCACUGAGCAACACUCGUCUACAACCUUUCAUUCUGUGGCUGGGACUGAAACCUUUUUUUUUUUUUUUAAACAACAGGUUCAAUUACAGCAUUUGGCCUAGUAGAAUAGACGAUGGCAAAGAUGGAUGAUUUAUGUUUCUAUUUUAGUAAAUGAUCAGUGUAAAUAAGUUUGCAAAUUUUGUUUUACUGUUGUCAAUAUUGAGUUCAAAACUGCUUUUGUCGUUUUACGGUGGGGUUUUUGUUUUGUUUUUUUGUCUUGUUUUGAAAUGUUUGAGGCCAAUUUGUGAGCGAGUCAGAGUUUUUGUCCCAAAGCGGACCCGCUAAUCCAGCUCUGUAACAACAAAUAAUUAUUGCAACGUUCUGAUGUGUUUUGCUUUCUUCUGUCCUGGCAGGCACACGGAUUGUCAGAUUGGCUCUUUAUUUUUUUAUAAACUGUUUGAAAGGAGUGUUGUUGUCGAUGCACUCUCAUUUCACUUCAUUUGACGUGUUAUGGAGAUUUUAAAUUUCUUCAAAGUAGAAAAAAAAUUUGAAUACUUUUUCCAUCAGACUUUUUUGUAACAAGUUGUGGAACACUGAUUAACCUAUAAAAUGAAGCUUCAGGUGACAUUUUGAUUUGAAAGAGAAUUGGCUUCGAUGUCAGUCGGCCCGUCAGACGCCGGGCACCAAAUCACACCUUUCUCCUAAGCUAAGACAAUCGGACUCUCAGGCUUAGAUCAGCCCACUGCUGUAAUUUCAAGGGCAUUUUGCUUUUUCUUUGUUGAGUUUUUUAUUUGGGAAAAGUUUAAAGUUUGUGCUGUGCCACCAAUGUGAAAGAUUGCACCUUAUUGUCUCAGCGGCAACAUCUGACAGAUUUGAACCCAACAGGCCAGGUAUCCAAGCUACGGCAUGUCUUUGCUGGAGAUGUGAAAUUGCAUGUUGUCAUAUGUAGUGCUGUAUGAACUUUUCAUACUCCCCUUGAGGUUUUGCACAAAGUGGUGCGAAGUCUGUGUGACAUUCAUUUUUAUCAAAUGAAAUUGCACACAAAAUAGGGUGUAAGAGAUAAAACACCCCUUGUUUCAACACAGUUUAAUGCUAGUGAGAAAUUUUAUGAUGCUCAGAUCUUAUACUCAUGUUAUUGUAGCUUACAACACAAUAUUGUGCAAUAUUUGCUCUUUUAAAGGUGUAAUUAUGGCCUUAGGUAGCAAAAAUCACCACUUUAUCAUUGGAAUAAAUGUUGUAAUGCGGGCUGGUUUAAAAUUAAGACAACCUGAGUGUAGUUUUGGAUGUGAAAACUGGGUCCAAGUUUUCAUGUUGCAAAGAAAACCAGAAGUAAACAUGACAAACAUUGCAGUGAAAGCACAGCCUGUUGUAUUUUCUUUUAUUAUUUUUUUUUAUGGUUAUGUAUUUAAAUGAUUUUUAUUUGCAACUUGAAGACAGAGGACCCAUUUCAAGAAGUGGAUUUGAUGAAUUACAGCAUUUGGUUAUGUGGCUUUCACCAUACACUACGUUCACAUUUUCUAAAUUUCAACUCAUCCUCUGAAAUCCCAGAGAUUAUUUUUAGCAUCAGAGCAAUCUUCAGUGGUAGCUCAUCUCUAAAACCUGUGGCUACGGCCUGAUUAUAAGAUCUGAGCAGCAUAAGCAAUGAAAUACUGAUAAUAGGUUUUGUCAGGAAUACCAUAAAGACCUGAUAAGAUAAAAGUUAGUUAGCUCUGCAUAGCUGCUUCACAUUUAUUAGGUUUUCUAGGAUAAUAGUACCUAAAAUUAUUCUACAACUAAAAUGAAACACCUACGAAAAUCUCUUCGUAGUGCAAAACUGCAUAAACUCAAGGGGUGUAUGAUUUUUAAUGGCACUGAACUUCACCUCUUCAUGUUGAAUCUGCACUGAUGCGACUCGAGGGAAUUAGUACAUUUUUUUUGCAGUUACAGUUGAUGUUUUACAUGUACUUUAACUUUCCUAGAAUCAGUUUUCUGGAAAAACUGUUGGAAUAAAAUCGCCCCUCUGUCAGGGAAGCUCUGAAUUUUCAUGCCUCUGAACAACAAGAUAUAUCUGAAUGUUUCUCUGUGUUUAACAUUUUAAUUGAUUAAAAGUGGUUCCAGA